CUGUGAAGCUGCCAUGUCAGCAUUCACUCCUUUGCACGCCAGACUUUGUCCACAAUUUUUUUGAAGUAUUCCAUUAUCACCCUCAAAAAAAAUCUCGCUCUUUCCUUUAUUACCCACUCUUCCUGCCUCCCCUCGCACCUUUCACUCCAUUGCAUGGUCCAAUGGCUCAAUUGCUCUCCCCUGUGUGCACUGAAGCUCUCAAAUUCCAAAACCCAUUAUUUAAUUUGUGCUCGAGAAGUUCAUGGGGCAUGUUAUCAAAGAUCACAACUCCUUGGACUGUGUUGGGUCGUGGUGCCAAGAGAAGAGGCAGUGGCAGAGUCAGGGUCGCUACUGAGGGCUCGCCUUCGACCCAGUCGAUUGCCGAGGAUUAUUAUGGGGUGUUGGGUCUGCUUCCAGAUGCCACACCAGGGCAGAUUAAGAAAGCCUAUUACAAUUGCAUGAAAGCUUGCCAUCCAGAUCUGAGUGGGGAUGAUCCAGAGACCACAAAUUUCUGCAUGUUCAUAAACGAGGUCUAUGCGGUGCUCAGCGACCCUGUGCAGCGCAUGGUUUAUGAUGAAAUUCAUGGCUAUGCUUUGACUGCAGUCAAUCCUUUCCUAGAUGGUUCCAGCCCAAAGGAUCACGCAUUUGUUGAUGAAUUUAGCUGUAUUGGGUGCAAAAAUUGUGCUAAUGUGGCAUCGGAUGUCUUCGCAAUUGAGGAAGACUUUGGGAGAGCCAGAAGGGAGUCCGAGAUGUCCGAGAGUUUGGAUGAGCAGAAGAGGGUGUUUGAGAUGUUUGAGAGUUUGGAUGAGCGGAAGAGGUACACCGGUAUGUGUAGUAUAAUGGUCAUGAGCUUAUUAUAUGGGCUUGACCAUAUGGUCAAAAUAUGUUUAUUGUUUAUAUUUGGCCUUGAAUCCAAUGGUUAUUUUGUGACCGGCGCAACUAUGUUUGAGUGGUGA